AUGGCUGGAAUCAUUUCUGCCUUGUACUCUUUGUUUUGUGACAAGCUGGCCUCUGAUACCUUCAAGCAGUUUGCUCGUUUCAAGAAAAUCGAUGACGACGACAUGGAGAAAUUAAAGAUGUCGUUAAUCAAGAUCAAAGAUCUGCUUAAUGAUGCUUCUGAGAAGGAAAUACGUCAGGAAGCUGUUAAAGAAUGGCUGAAUAGUCUCCAACAUUUGGCUUACGACAUAGACGACCUACUUGACGAAUUGGAAACUGAAGCUAUGCAUCGUGAAUUCUCAGAGGAAUCUGAAACCCCGAGCAAGUUAAGAAAGCUCUUACCAAGUAUGUUUACUAUCUCACCCGAAAGUGUUAGGAUGCACGACAGGUUUGAAAAUAUUAUCACCAAGUUAGAAGAACUGUUUGAGGAAAAAUAUAAGCUUGGUUUGAGUGUGAUAGGUGAAAGCCCAAAACAUAGAAAUAGAAGGUUAGAGACCUCUCUGGUAGAUGCAUCUAGUAUUAUUGGACGCAAAGAUGAAAAGGAUGCUUUGAUCCACAAGCUAUAUGAACCAUGUGAUAGAAACUUUAGCAUCGUGCCCAUAGUUGGUAUGGGUGGGGUAGGUAAGACCACUCUCGCUAGACUUUUGUAUGAUGAAAUGCAAGGGAAGGAUCGUUUUGAACUCAUGGCGUGGGUCUGUGUUUCUGAUGCGUUUGAUAUUUUCAAUAUAAGCAAUAUUAUUUUUCAAUCAAUAGGUGGGGGAAGCCAAGAAUUUAAGGAUUUAAAUCUGCUGCAAGUAGCUUUAAGAGAGAAGAUCUCAAAUAAGCGAUUUCUGCUUGUUUUAGAUGAUGUGUGGAGUGAAAGCUAUACGGAUUGGGAAAUCCUAGCAGGGCCAUUUCUUGCAGGGGCACCCGGAAGUAAAGUUAUCAUGACAACCAGGAAGAUGUCGUUGUUAACCCAACUUGGUAACAAUGAACCUUAUCAUUUGCCUAUUCUAUCUGAUGAAAGUGCUUUAUCCUUAUUUUGUCAGCAUGCAUUGGGAGAAAAAAACUUUGAUUCACAUCCGCUACUUAAACCACAUGGUGAAGGUAUUGUCAGAAAAUGUAAUGGGUUGCCGUUGGCUUUGAAAGCACUUGGAAGGUUAUUAAGGACAAAAAUAGAUGAGGAAGACUGGAAAGAAGUGCUGAAUAGUGAGAUAUGGAGUCUAGAAAAGGGAGAUGGGAUUGUUCCGGCUCUCAAAUUAAGCUACCAUGAUCUCUCUCCAUGUUUGAAGCAGUUGUUUGCAUACUGCUCCUUGUUCCCCAAGGACUUUGAGUUUGACAAGGAGAAGUUGAUUCUGUUGUGGAUGGCAGAAGGUUUUUUGCAAUCAACGACAAACAAGACAAUGGAACGCUUGGGUCUCGAGUAUUUUAAUGCGUUGUGGUCAAGGUCAUUUUUUCAAGCUGCACCAAAUGACAAAUCGUUGUUUGUGAUGCAUGAUCUCAUGAGUGAGUUGGCCACAUCUGUUGCUGGAGAGUUUUUUUCAAGGGUAGACAUUGGGAUGGAGAAAGAAUAUAGGAAUGAAUCAUUCGAAAAGUACCGUCAUCUGUCAUUUGUUCGUGAGGAAUACAUGGUUUCCGGAAGGUUCGAGCCACUAAAAGGAGCUAAAAGUUUGAGAACAUUAUUAGCCUUAUCUGUUGGGGCGAUAAGAAAGAGGGAAACAUUCUACUUAUCAAAUAAGGUCCUGGAUAACUUACUUCAGGAGUUACCAUUGUUAAGGGUCCUAAGUUUGAGUCAUCUUGGCAUAAGCGAGGUACCCAAAUUCAUUGGCAGUCUAAAGCACUUGCGGUAUCUGAAUUUAUCUCAAACUGAUAUCGAGAUUUUACCAGAAAACGUCUGCAAUCUUUAUAAUCUCCAGACAUUGAUCCUUUUUGGCUGUAGAUGUUUAACUAAGUUGCCCAACAGCUUCUUAAAGCUUAAAAAUUUGAGGCAUUUGGACAUUAGGGAUACUCCAGGUUUGAAGAAGAUGCCCUUAGGGAUUGGUGAGCUGAAAGGCCUACAAACUCUCUCUAAGAUCAUAAUUGGAGGUGAAAACGGAUUUGCAAUAACCGAGCUUAAAAACUUGCAAAAUCUCCAUGGGAAAAUUUCCAUUUGGGGGUUGGGCAAUGUACAAAAUGAAACGGAGGCACGCGGCUCACACUUAUCACAAAAGAGGUUUACCGAGUUAGAGUUGGAUUGGGGUUAUGGGUUGAACGUUUUUCGAAAGGAGACACAUGAUAAGGAGGUCCUUACUGAGCUGAAGCCUCAAACUGAUAGUUUGAAGAAGCUUAAAAUUGUGUUAUAUGCGGGUACAGAGUUUCCAAAUUGGGUUGGGGAUCCUUCGUUUGUUGGGUUAACUCAUGUGUCGAUAUAUGGGUGUGAAGAAUGUACAUCUCUACCAAGACUUGGGCAGCUACCAUCACUUAAGGAGUUGUAUAUUGGGAAGAUGAGUAAGGUGAAAGUUGUAGGUUGGGAGUUGCUUGGAACAGGUGUUGCAUUCCCUUCCCUUGAAAUUCUGACUUUUGAUAGUAUGCCAACAUGGGAGGUAUGGUCAACCAAUAACAAUGGGGUUGUAGAUGCAGCAGUGUUUCCAUGCCUUAAAGAGCUUAUUAUUCUAUUUUGUCCUAAUCUGGUUGAAGUCUCACUUGAAAAACUACCUUUACUCAGAGUUAUGACAGUAAAAGGAUGUGGUCAUGGUGUGUUGACAAGCCUGGUUCAUGUCGCUUCAUCAGUCACCAAGUUGAUAUUACAUGAUAUUUCAGGUCUUACUCUUGAUGUGUGGGGAGGUGUUAUGAAGUAUCUUGGGGAAGUUAAAAAAGUAACAAUAGAAUUGUGUAGUGAAAUAAAAUACUUGUGGGAAUCUGAAGCAGAGGCAGGUAAGCUUCUUGCGAAUUUAAGGAGGUUGGAGGUACGUAAUUGUUCAAAUUUGGUGAGUUUAGGAGAGAAAGAGGAGGAUAAUUGUGGGAGCAACCUAACAUCUCUUAGGUGGUUGUGGGUAUCUGAUUGUGACAGCUUACAGCAUUGCAGCUGUCCAGAUAGUCUUCAGUCAUUGUUUAUUUUGACCUGUGAUUCAAUUACAUCUGUGUCUUUCUCAACAGGAGGAGGGCAGAAGCUCAACUCAGUUUUCAUCCGGAACUGCAGGAAACUUAAAUCGAUGAAUGAAUUGAAGUACUUCAUCCAACUGAUAGCAUUCGUAAUAGAAGAGUGUCCAAGUCUAGAGUCAUUUCCAUUUCCUGACCAUGAGUUGCCGAAUCUUGCCUCGUUAACAAAUUUGAAAAUAACAAACUGUACAAGUCUGGAUGCUUCCUUUCCUGGUGGGCUUUGGCCUCCAAAACUGUGUUACCUUACCAUAGGAGGGUUGAAGAAGCCCAUGUCAGAGUGGGGCCCACAGAGUUUUCCAACCUCACUUGGUUACCUACAUCUAUAUGGCGGACCAUAUGAAGAUGUGACUGAUUUUAGUCGGUUGUCCGGUCUUUUUCCUUCAUCUCUUACUUCUCUUUGCAUAGAAACAUUUGAGAAACUGGAAUCAGUUUCAACGGGACUCGAACACCUCGCCUCCCUCCAACAUCUCAGCAUUGUCAAGUGCCCAAAGAUGAUGGAUCUACCUGAAAAGUUGUCUUCACUUUUGAGUUUGGGAAUUAUUGAAUGCCCAAAUUUGAAAAAAAAGACUAGUAUAGGAGGCUCCUAUUGGCCCGUCGUCUCUCUAAUCCCACGCCUCCACGAGGAUGACUAUAUGUUUUUGUGA